AUGGGGCAUGGAAGCUCGAAGUCAGAGUCGUCAGAUGAAUCUGCAGACGGUUCGAAAUCAUCUUCAUCUUCUUCUUCUCGUAUAUCCAGACUGAAGCAGAAACUUCACAUUCACCAUCAGCACCGUGGUCGUCAUCAUCAUCGCAAGAAGGGUUCGAUUUCGCAUUCUAAACUGCUUAAUGAAAAGGAUUUUGCAGGCAUCGCACUUUUCAGACUCAUCAGUGCGGAGAUGAAGUUUAAGGACAAAUGGCUGGCUUGUAUUUCUCUUGGAGAACAGACAUUCCGCACUGACAUCUCUGAUCAAACCAGCAACCCAACCUGGAACUCUGAGAAGAAACUUCUUUUGGAAAGCAAUGGGCCACGCAUUGCGAGAAUAUCAGUGUUUGAGACCAAUAGAGUGUCCAAGAACAAUCUAAUCGGGUAUUGUGAAGUUGAUCUAUUCGAAUUUCUUACUCGGGAUUCCGAUUCUGAAUUUGAGGUAGUUGAUCUGUCAGAUCCAUCAUCAUCCGACAUAGUUGUUGGAAACAUUUCUCUUUCAUGUUCUGUUGAGGAUCCAAUUGAAACAGAAAAAAGUUUUGCUCGACGCAUCUUGUCUAUUGUGGACUAUGAUGAAGACGGAACGCUUUCAUUCUCUGAAUUCUCUGAUUUAAUUGAUUCAUUUGGCAAUCAACUGGCAGCAAGCAAGAAAGAGGAGCUUUUCAAAGCAGCCGACAAGAAUGGGGAUGGUGUUGUUAGCAUGGAUGAGUUGGCUAUCCUUCUUGCUGUUCAACAAGAAAAGGAGCCACUUAUCAAUUGCUGCCCUGUUUGUGGUGAUGACCUUGAAGUUUCAGAUAAGCUGAACACCAUGAUUCAUUUGACCCUGUGUUUUGAUGAAGGGACUGGAAACCAGGUUAUGACUGGAGGCUUUUUGACCGACAAACAAGCUGCAUAUGGGUGGUAUUUCAAACUAAGUGAAUGGGCCCAUUUUGCAUCCUAUGACAUUGGGUUGAACUCUGGAUCAAGAGCAUCACAUAUUGUGGUUUUUGAUCGGAGGAAGAAGAGGCUAGUUGAGGAAAUAAUUGAUGGCAAAAUUGUUUUAUCAAUGAGAGCCAUUUAUCAAUCUAAAAUAGGGCUUGGCCUUAUGGACAAAGGGGCAAAGGAAAUCUUACAGAGCCUCUCAGAAAAACAGGGCAGGAAAAUGGAUUCCCUUGAAUCCGCUCAAGAUAUACCAAAGUUCCUUGAAUCGUUUAAGGCAUGUAUCUGUUUGUAG